GAACCGAGAUGAAGAUUCACGCGAUUCUUCCGCUUUGUAUCGUUGUACUGUUUGCUUUAGGAUGUGUAUCAGGGUCCUCGGGUUGUCCUCAGGGAUGGAAGCAGUUCGAAAGCUUUUGCUACCAUGCAAGUAGCGUAUCCAGGACUUGGCACGAGGCCCAAAUUCACUGUAAAAGUAUGGGAGGAGACCUGGUGAAGAUUACCAAUGCGCGGGAAAACGAGUUCGUUCUGGCCCUCGCGAGGAAGUUUGCACCAUCAAGUGAACAAGUGUGGAUCGGCCUGAUGUGGACCGCUAACGGCUUCUACUGGAGUGAUUACUCUGUUCCAGUCUACAAAGCAUGGGCUCCAAAGGAACCGAAUGGAAAUUCCCACGAACCAUGCAGCAACAUGUGGACUAGGCAAUCCUCAGCGUCACUUAGACCAAACGGUUCCUGGAAUGACAGGGUUUGUGCAGUGAAAUCUCACGCGCCCUGUGGCCUGGUGUGUAAAAGGCUCGCUUGAACUGCUAACGCUGGAAUACCGAAAAACGACACUUGGUGAUGGGACUAUUUUUAAAUUAAAUCAUAGCAUAAAUUGUAAGGUGUAAAGAAAUGCCUGUUUUACAAUAAAGCGUCAGCUUAAGUCA